UCCGUAGUUCUGAGCCACUUCUCUGCAGACUUGUAGACCUUGUUGUGAGAUUGACUGGCUCAUAAUUCUUCUGAUCAUGGAAGCGGCCGAGGAGUGCGGACCUUACGCUCAGCUGGUCAGCCCUCUGGUUUACGGACAGAGGUUCGACACACACCUCCGCAAGGCAGCCCUGCCGGACAUCUUCCACUCGGUCAAUCACACGGCCAUGCAGAGGCUCUUCCAGAGAGCCGGAGACAAGAAGGCAGAGGAGAGGGCGAGCAUCAUCUGCACUAACCAGAGCAGCGAGGAGAUCAAUCGGGCUCUGCUGGCGCUCCGGGUGCGGAGGCGAGAGAAACUCACCCAGAUCUUUCGCCUGGGCUGGAAAUCGGUGAAACUCCUAUCAGGGAGCCACACCUGAGUGACUUUUUUUCCACCACCCACCGGCCUGUGGGACACUUUGCAAACAGCUGCAGACGCUCGCAUCUCAUUCUGUGACUUUUCACGAGUGUGAAAAAAAAAAAUUUCACAGUGAAAUGGCAAGAACAGAAAUAAACUCGCCACUUGCAUUUCAUAGAUGCGUGAAUUCAUGCCGACAGAGACUCUGCAAGAUGCCCAAAUUAAGGGACUAUGAAUAUGUCGACCAUCGGGUGCAAACGAGGACUGUUAAAAACCAGCAGCUUCAGAACAAGUGCAGGGAGGGAACUGCAGGUGCUGGUUUACACCGAAGACAAAGUGCUGGAGGAACGCUGCGCGACAGGCAGCAUCUCUGCAGAGAGAAGGAACGGGCGACGUUUCGGGUCGAGGCCCUUCUUUAGAUCUUCAGAACAAGAUCAGCUGAAGAACUUUUCAAAAGAACUUUUCAAAAGAACUUUUCAAAAUACAGUAACUCAGGGAGAAACUGGUGAACAGUCGCUGAGGACGGCUGCUUCGUGAAUUAUGCUGUGAUUCCAUAAUUUAAUAAAUAAUGAAAACUA